AUGAAUCCUCUGGCCCUUGUGGCAUUUCUUUGUGCUGCGACAGCUAUAGCUUCUGCCGGUCGUCAGUAUGGCGAUGGUGACAAUGGCGGAGGUAGGGGCUAUGGCGGAGGCAACUAUGGAGGCUAUGGUGGCGGCCGUGGGGGUACUGCAUACGGUGGAGGCUACAGUGGAGGCUACAGUGGAGGCAAUGUCCGUGGAUAUGGCAGCGGUAACAAUGGAGGCGAUGGCGGUGGAGACUAUGGUGGCAGAAACGAUGGAGGCAACGGUCGCAGAAAUGAUGGCGGAUACGGCGGAGCCUACGGCGGCGGCUAUGGUGGACGCUACGGCGGCGGCUACGGCAGCGGCUAUGGUGGACGCUACGGCGGCGGCUACGGCGGCGGCUAUGGUGGAGGCUAUGGCGGCGGCUACGGUGUUGGAAGCGGCGGAGGCUAUGGUGGUGGUAACAAAAGAGGCUACGGUGGAAGAUACGGUGGCGGAUACGGCGGAGGCUACGACGGCGGCUAUGGUGGAGGCUACGGCGGCGGCUACGGCGGCGGCUAUGGUGGAGGCUACCGUGGCGGCUACGGUGCUGGAAGCGGCGGAGGUUAUGGUGGUGGUAACCAAGGAGGCUACGGAGGAAGAUACGGUGGCGGAUACGGUGGUGGCUACGACGGCGGCUAUGGUGGAGGCUACGGCGGCGGCUUAGGUGGAGGUUACGGCGGACGCUACGGUUCAGGGUUUCUAGCAUUAUACGAGGAUCGACGUUGA